AUGCCAAAUUGGAACCCAAUCAAGAUCCCUUCGAACCCGGCAGUUGGGUGGUCCGCGCAAGUGCGCGUACUGUUCGCAACAUCGGAAACCGUGCCUAAUGUCAUCCAAGCGCCCUUCGCCACGCCUGCGCAGGUUGCCCGUCGGAACGCCCUUGUGGGGCAGUUCAACGGUGCGAGGAUGGACACCAAUAACCCAGUCUACUUCUGGAAACCAGAAGGUGACGUUGGCUUUUUGGGGCAGUGGUGGCCAUCGUCAUUCGAAUGGGAGCACGACGGUGAGAGAUACACUUACGCAAAUGCAGAACAAUAUAUGAUGCAUCGUAAAGCGCUCCUCUUCGCUGGACCGAAUCACCCAAUCGCCCAAGAAAUCCAAAAGGGCUGGAAACUACACCCAAGGGUCCUCCGUGACCUUGGGCGAAAAAUUCCCAAUUUUGCCCAAGAAGUGUGGGAGCAGCAUCGAUUUGAGAUUGUUGCCGAAGGGAGCUAUCUCAAAUUCUCGCAGAACAAGGGCCUUAAACAGAAUCUACUCGCGACCGGUAACCAAGAAUUGGUGGAGGCUAGUCCGCGGGAUCGUAUAUGGGGAGUUGGAUUUGGAGCGAAAAAUGCGAGUGAUAAUCGAAGUAGGUGGGGGUUGAAUUUACUGGGAAAAGCGCUCAUGGAAGCUAGAUCGAGGUUGUUGAAAGAGGAGGCAGGCGAGAAAUGA